AGACAAGGAAGUAAAGACAGAUUAUCCUGGUUCUACUGUGCUUUGGCCUUUACGAUUCUGGGACUUCAGUCCUUCAAGUCGUGACUGUCUGAAUGGAGGCUUCUCUUUGCAAUGCCUUUUGUGUUGAUUGUUUUAUUUUUCCCGUGGCAGGACUAUGGCAACUCCGCAAGCCACUCCAGACAGCCAGUCAGAGGAGAGCAACUCUCUGGAGCUGCCGUCUGCUUGUGACAUAAGAGAUUACGUGCUGCGGGAACCCUGCCAGGAGGCCCACAGCGAGGCUGCUAGUUCUGCAGAAGGCCUUUCCGUUCUUUCCUCUUCUGAGGUGGAUCCAGACAGCGGUCACCUAAAUACUACACAACGUGAUUCCUGGGCCUCUGAGAACUUCUGGCUCGACCCUUCUGUGAAUGGCCAACCAGAGACCAAGGCAGAGGAUGAGGAACUUCGGAAAUCCCUGGAUAGAUUCUAUGAGAUGUUUGGCCACCCACCACCAGCCUCUCGAAACCCACUCUCUGCAUCUGUCUGCCAGUGCCUGUCUCAGAAAAUCGACGAACUGCAGGGCCAGGAGAGCCAGAAGUACGCCCUCCGCAGUUUUCAAAUGGCCCGGGUCAUUUUCAACCGGGAUGGCUGCACCUUGUUACAGAGGUAUUCCAGGGACGCCCGAUUCUACCCGCUGGGAGAAGGAAGUCAGUCUCUGGAUGACGAAAAGCCGACCCCAGGACUUUCCAAAGACAUUGUUCGUUUCCUCUUGCAGCAGAAUGUGAUGGAAGACCCAUAACUGGUGCCUGGUGGCCAGAGCAGGCCACUGUCAGUGCACCACCCAGGUCCCCUCCGGUCUGUCUUGCCAGCUGUGUGCCCCGCCCCCAGCUAAGUGCUCUGCAGCCAACAGCUGGCAUCUGUGACCAAGUAUUAGAGGCUGGUCAGCCCAAAUAGAGAGCCAUCGGUCGGUACCUGGGAAUUUUACAGCCCCCGCGGCCACAUGCCCUCCUACCUUUCCCUUUGGCCUGAGGCCAGUGAUGGACUGGUUUGGGAGUUCAAAAAGCCCAGUUUCCUUGUCUCAAAGGAAGACAUGCUCUGUGACAUAAUUUACUCUUUGGAGCUCCAGGCUGAUGCUGUCUUUCCAUUCAUUCACCUAUUGGUGCCACCUAUGGGCCUUUCCUCAAUAAAUCGCUUGUACUUGAAUCCUUGACUCAGAGUCCACUUCUGGGAGAACCAGACCUAAGGGAACAGGCUUCCAUCAGAUGGAUUUUUUGAAGGGAAUAAAACUAUGCUGAAUCAAGUAAAGAAUUAUACCAUGUCGUAAAACUGUGACCACGCGAUUGAGAGCAUCUGUCCCAGAAGAAUACAAAGAUUUCAGUACGCUUCCAAAAAAGUGCUUCGCAUCUUAGUCAGGCCCUUGCCUCUCCAAAUCCAGAACUGCCUAUUUUAUAAUACCACCUGGGAGUGGAGGGGACAUGUGCACCUCCUAAAAUAACAGCUAGGAUUCGCAAAUUAAAGAAAAAAUAGUCUCUUCGUCUCCGCCA